CUGUGUGUGACAGCAGCAAUGAAAGGGGUUCUCUACGCUUCCUCUAUGUAGGCGGGACUAUAAACCCUAACCGCCAAUCCUGCCGCCCAUACCGCAUGCCCCUCCUACUACUUUGUUCCUGGUUAUGAUUGGCUGUGUUGCCGGGAAAUGUAGUUCUUUCCCGUAUGACCGCUACUGCUGAUGGACCUGCACGAACUACACUUCCCGGCAUUCCCCGCGCGCCGAGCAGUGGCCGAGCCGCAUUCAUUACUCUUCCUGAGUUGGGCGGCAGGUUUAAGUUGCCAUAGCUGCAGCAUUAGUGACAGUUACAGGAACAUGGACAUACCGCAGGUGAGGUGGCUUCCCGAGAGCCUGGGACGGGUGACAGCAGAGUGGGAACGGAGGACAACGGUGGAUGCAGUACUAAGCCGAUUAUAGGGACGGAACACCAUUUACAAUCCUGAGCUGGAAACUGGUGGAGGAAAGUUCCAUACAGCUGGAGGAAGCAUACAGCGGAGCAAUCCUGCUCGCCCAUGGACGAUUCUUCCAGCGACUCCGACUACUACCUGCGGAACAGGGCGCGCCGACGAGGUCCCCUCCGGGCUACGCACACACAUGACCGAUCACGAGGAGCCGGGGAAGUGUCUGAGAAGAUUCAUAAAUUGGCGAAUACACUGCAGGACACCAGUCAUAACCUGAAGCAAGUGGACGAGAUGCUUGGUCAGUACCGGGAGUAUAACUCGGAUCAGACGGAAGCCAUUGCAACAUAUCGGCCACCUUCUCCAGUGCAUGCUGCUCGUGAUGCUGAUCCAGUGUUGCAUCUGAAAGAUACUCUGGAGCAGUCUAUAGAUCAGCUGAGGAGUCAGCGGCUGUCCCGCCUAUCCGGGGGCAGGAGUGCGUCUCUGUCCAGCUUGUGCACCGGAGACCUGGAUGCCACAGCAGUCACCGGAAACAGGCGACGGCAGCCAACCUCCCCUCUGAAGGACUACACCGAUAUCGGGAUCCAGAGACGGCGCCGGUCUCGUUCCGCCAGCGUGCGAUUUCUGGAUGAGGCGGGCAAUCCUGACCAGCUUCAUUCGCUGCAUCAGUCGCUGAGAGACCUGAGCUCAGACCAGCUGCGCCUCAAUGAUGACCUGAGCAGAGAGCUCGUCCGCAGGAACAGAGCUGAUGCGGAGACCAAGCAAGCUCUGCAGGAACUAACAGUCCGUUAUGAUGAGACCCAGCGCCAGGAAACGGCCUCGGAGCGUGUGGAACGGCGGCUGCAGCAACUGGAGCGAGAGAUGAGGACGGAGAGACAACAGGCGGACAGGCGACAGGACCAUGUGGGUCAGGUGUCCACACAGCUGCAGGAGGCAUUGAAAAAACGGGAAACGAAGUCCGAUGAAGUAGAUGCAUCGCUGAAAGACAAGCUGGGGAGGCUGGAGAAUGAGAAAUCCCAGCUGAGGGAGGAGCUGGAGAGGUAUCGGAGGCGGCUGGAUCAGACGGAGGGGAGCCGGGACACGCUGCUGUGCCAGGUGGAAGAUUUGCGCAGUCAGCUCCUGAAGUUGGAGGAGGAUCGAGGACAUUUGCAGAACCAGGUUUCCCAAAUCUCUCUGCAGAGCCAGCAUGAGUGCCGCGAGGAGGAGAGGAGAAUCCGGGCAGCUGUGGAACGGUCUGAACAGGGGAAACAGGAGCUGGAAGGCCAAAUCGCAGAGCUGCGCUCUCAGAUGAACAGGAACGCCGUCAUGUCUGAGAUAGAGGAACUGAAACGCAGCAUUGACCACAAGGACCGAGAGAAGGUUCAGCUGGCUGAGCAUCUAGAAGUUUUGACUGGAGACAUGGAGAAGAGAGAGCAACAGCAGCUGAAGAUGUUGGGGCAACUUAAGGACAUCCAGAGCCGUUAUGAGACUUGUGAGAGGGAAAGGAGACAGUUAGAAAGUCAUAACUCUGAGCUGGUGCAGCAAAUCGAGGAAGUGACACAAGAGGCUGAGAGAUGCCUGGGAGAACUCCGGGAAGCUGAGGCCCUGCGUCUGGAGGCUGAGAAGAAGAGAGAAGAUAUGAAAUCCAAAGCUCAGGAGACCGUCAAACACUGGAGGCUAAAAUGUAAAAAACUGGAGCAGGAAAUGGAGAAGAAGACGGAGACGAUGGGACUGACCUCUGAGCGCUAUACACAGGUGAUGAAAGAGAAGGAUGAAAUGAAGUGUCAGCUCCAGGCCACAGCGCAACAAGCGGAAAGUCUGCGCAAGGAGCUGGCGGAGGUGCUGGGGAGGCGGGCACAGCAGGAAGAAGAGUUACAUCUGAGACAAGUGCGACUUGCUGAGGCACAGGACCAGCAGCUGGAACUGGAGAGAGAAGUGCGCGAUUCGCAGGAAUUGGUCGGGCGGCUUCAGGGGGAGCUGCAGAGACAGGUUGGGCUACAACAGCAGCUGCAGGAGGACCGGGAGAGGCUACAGGAAGAACUACUGUCCUCCGGCCGGGCACAGGAGAAGUGUAAUGAGAGACUUCUGGAACUGCAGGAAUCCGUCAGGGAUCUGAGUGCAGAGAGGGCCGAGCUGAACAGCAAGUUGGCGCAGGAGGAGAAGAGUGGCAAAGAGCUGCGGAAGAACCUGUGCGAGGCCCAGAAACAGGCAGAGUUUGCCCGGGAAGAGCUGAAUUCGGCUGGGAGGCAGUUGAAGAUGGAGAGGGAGGUCCACCAGCGGGAGCUGACAGACCUGCGCUCCGCUGCACAGACUGCCAAAAGUAAACAUGAGCGCAACAUCCAGGAGAUGCUGACGCACUUCAGACAGGAGAGGGAGGAGCUAGAGGGCUACAUUCGCACCCUGAAGGCGGAGUUAAUUGACAACAAAUCCCUUGUGAAAUCUGAACGCCAGCGAGUGGAGAAAAUGAAGAUAGAAUGUGAUAAGCUCUCAGAAGAAGUAUUGCACGGAAGAGAGGAGAGCGCUACCUUGAGGUGCAAGUACCAGUUGGCUGUACAGAAUGCAGAUGAGAAGGACCAGCAGCUGAACUCCUUGGGGCAGAGCAUGAAGAAACUGGAAGAUGCCAAUCAAAUCCUGAAAGAGAAGCUGAGUUCUCUGGAGACGGAGCAGGAAACCAUCCUAAGUGCCAUAGAGAGUGAGAUUAACUCUGCCUGUCAGCUGCUAUCCAGAAACUCCAUGGAGAAAUUCAAAGCUGUAUCCACAGUGACCCACCUGAGGAAUGACCCUCACUACUGGCUGGCUGAGACUAAGACAAAGCUGCACUGGUUGUGUGACGAGGUGAAGGAGCGGGAGAGGAAGCUCCGUAAUCAGCACCAGCAGAGCCGGGAGCAGAUGAAGGAGCAGAAGGUGAAGUCGGAGGCUCUGUGUCAGCAGAUCACAAAACUCGAGCAGCAGGUAGAGGAUGGCCACAGGGAGAGAAAAGAUGCACUGGAAAAGAACCGUAGAAGAGAUGAGGAAAUGUGGCUUCUUCAGGACCGGAUUGUGGAUCUAGAGCGGAGUACACGGAUGGCGCUGGAUCAUCUGGAGUCUGUGCCGGAGAAGCUCGGCCUGUUGGACGAUAUGAAGGAUCUAAGUGACUCCCAUCUACAACGAGAGGUGAUGGAGGAAAGGUAUGCGCAAUACCGGGAGAUCGUCGGCUCCCUGCAGCAACAGCUGGAAGACUCCAAAUGCAGAAUCCAGGAGUACAGGGAGGAAAAAUUGAAAGCGGACGCCCACAGCGCUCGGCUAACUGCGCUGUCCUCAUCACUACGGACAAACAGCGGCUUCCUAUCCAGCUCCCUGCGCUCAGAUCCUGGCUCUCCUGUAAAGAGAGGACUGUCACCAAGCUAUGAGGGACAGCAGGACCACAAGACGAGCUUCAGACUGAGCGAGGCUGCAUCCUGACGGCAUGUACAGUAAUACCAACAAUUGCCUUAUUCACCGCACUGAGUGCUAGCUCCGGUGUCCAGCACUAUCCAUACAAGGGGUUAUUAUGCUUCUCACUGGAAACGCCAACGUCAAUGUAUUGUUUAUUAACAUUUUUAUAUGAAAACUGUAACAUCCACUGGACAGGCACAACUAGUGUGCUGCUCCCUGCAGUAUUGUCCUUUCCUUCAGUCAUACAUCGCAAGGGUUUCUGCUAAAUCGUUCUACUCAUUUUCUGAAGCCAACUGCACCCCUUCCACCCCUCUGCUGCAGCCGGAAGGCAGGUUAGACUGUCAUUACAUUGGUGCUGCACCCUGUAUAGUACUAUGCGUUCAGUCUGACGCGGAUCCACUCAAGCCUCUGGGCUAUGCAGGAAUCGGAGGUUUCCCCCGUCUUAGGCCUGAUUGGUCGCUGGGUAAGCCGCGUCACUUGCUGCAGGAUCAAAACGAUCUCCAAUCCCAUGGUAGUAAUUAUUAUGUAAGCGGCGUGUAGCGUCCAGAACGUUAAUCGCCCUUCACCAGUCGGAAGUGAAAACCAGCACUGAUAGAUUCACAACAGAUACAUUAUAUCCCCUGCUCCAGAAGGACCUGAUUGAGAAGCCUAAUACUCUGCAGGGUAAGCCAAAGACAGAAACGCAUCCCUUCUCCGCCAACGUAUUCCAAGAUUGAAGGAAUGAACAGACCAACACCGACUGAUGUCUGUGCCUCCUCCUUAUCAUGGAAGACAAACCCGCACAAUUCACAUGUCCAUAGUGGUGCAUAUGCCACUGGCUCCAAAUCAUGCCUCCUGCUGCAGAGGUUACAGAUUAUGAGGCUGGGGCUGAGCUGGGAGCAAAGCUAAGUCACGUUGCACCUGGGUAAGACCAUGCUGCGCUGCAGGAGGGGCAGAUGUAACGUGCAGUGAGAGGGGGCGUGUCCAAACUCAAAUCUAAACUGCAGUGUAAUCCUUCAGCUGCCCAGCAUGUGGGGGCUACAUUCAAAAGCAGCCAGUAUUUACCCUGCAUGCAAACAUAAAUGUGUAUUCACCCCUUGCAUUGCAGCAUGGUCUCUUCCAGAUACAAAGUGCAGAAUGGUGCGCUCCAGCUCCCACUGCACACGUUACAGGUGGGACAACUUACCUGCACAAUCCUAUAACUCUGUCCCUUACUGAUCUACCUACAGUCUUGUAUCAUGUGCCUCUUGUAUAUGUACUGACUUAUUUUGCAAAGCUGCUUGUUUAAUAUAUGAAAUAUGUUUAUAUUGUUAACUAAAUUUUUAUGUAUUUCUGUAAAUUAUUUUUUUUAACUCCCGUCUACAAAUCAUUUAAAAAAAAUAUAUAACAUUUUUUCA